AUGCAAAUAAAAAUCCGCGGCGACGAUGACCCGUCGCACCUAGUAUACGCGUUUUUGUCCCAACCCUUCAUCAAGUGUGUUGUUCCAGAUUGGCUGACAGUGACGUGGGCGCAGGGCGGCAUGCAGCUCCAGCCCGAGCCCAGCGGAGACAACGUCAUCGACUCCGUCAAGGGACGAUGCGGGCGCGCCGGCAGCCUCGCCGCGACUCCCGGCGAGAAGCUCCUGGAGCUGCUGCGGCCAUCAUCAGGCACGCCGCGGCGGCACUCUACAGCCGCCUGCGCGCCGCAGCCGCCGAGACCCUCGGGCUUCGUCUACUGCCCCUCGGACGCGCUGCCGUACUGCCCUCCUUCACGGUUGGGACCGCCACGCCCGCAUAUACCAAAGGUAAGACUGGUUUUAAGGCUUUCUGCAACCACCGCCCCAAAUCCAGCCAGUGCCGCCGCCCGCGCCGCCGCCCGUCCCGCAGCGCACGGCGCCGGUCGCGCCCGCGCCGCUGCCCGUGCCCCGGCGCCGCAGAACAACCAGCCUGUGAAGAGAUCGCCAAGUUCGGGCUCGAAUAUAAGUGUGAGACAAGACUCUAAUGUCUCAUCGGACUCGUUCAGUCAAACCUCAUCGCCGUCGUACACGACAAAGACCAUGGAGGCGCCGCUGUUGCCCCACCAACAUGUGAAUAAGAGUUUAAACGCGAAGAUCGCACGCGGGCUAUUGUUGAAGGAACAGCAGGAGAAGGAGUCGGGCAAUUCGUCCAUAACCAAAAGUAUGUCUACACCGGCGUCGCUUCAGACGAUCGUCAGGUUCCAGAACGGAAGCAACAUGUCUUUGCAUCACAGGAUGUUGCGCGACAUGCGCGGCGCGGGCCCGGAGUCGUCUCCGCACCGGUUCCGCCUGAUGCAGCUCGCGCUCAACGCCGUGGCGCUGCUCGCCAUCACCGGCGCACUCUUCGCGUACUUCCGAGCCAACCCUGCCGUACAGUACGUGUCGCAAGUGGUGAACCGCUCGGCGGUGGUGACGUGGCCGGCGCCCGCGGAGCCGCCGGGCGCGCGCAACCCCGCGCCGGGCGUGUGCCUGCCCGUCAUCGUCAGCUUCUGCCAGCAGCACCGCAUCUCCUACAACUUCACCGUCUUCCCCAACUAUAUAGGACAUUUCGGGCAAAGGGAUGCCCAGCAGGAUCUAGAAAUCUACGACGCUGUGGUGGACGUGCGGUGUUACGAGCUAACUGCACUGUUCCUCUGCUCAUUAUUCGUGCCGAAGUGUGGACCCCUGGGCCACAUGGUGAGGCCAUGCAGGAGUCUCUGUCAAGAAACGAUGCGGCGCUGCGGGUUCUUCCUGGAGGUGUUCGGUCUGUCGAUGCCGGACUACCUGCAGUGCGAGAUCUUCCCCGAGUCGGUGGACACGGACGUGUGUCUCGGCAACAGGGAGGUCAAGGACGCGCGCUUCAGAGCCGCCAAGCCUGUGUGCCCGAGCGGGUUCCAGUGCGACGUGAAGCGCUGCAUCCCGCACGACUGGCGCUGCGACGGACACGUGGACUGCGCCGACCGCUCCGACGAGCUCAACUGCCGCGUGUGCAAGCGCAGCGGCGACGUGCACUGCGGCAACCAGCGCUGCAUCUCGCAGGCGCACCUCUGCGACGGCAAGCUCGACUGUCCCUGGGGGCAGGACGAGAGGAACUGCCUGCGGCUGAGCGAGGCGACGGGCGACGUGGGCCGCGGCGAGCUGCAGGUGUACCGCGCCGCCAACCACUCGUGGUUCCCCGCCUGCCUCGCCACGCUCGACGACAACACCGCGCUCAAGCUCUGCUCCAUGCUGGGAUACUCCUGGGUGAACAGAAGCUCAGCGGUGACAGUCGGCUUGACAACAACACCAAACCCUCGAGGAGUGGGAUCUAGGGCAGGGAGGAUGCAUGUGGUGGGAGCCGCACUCUCCUACCGAGCGUUCCUGAGGAGUGAAGGAGGGCUGCUGCGAGAGCUGAAGGAGUGCCGACACGACUCCACCAGGGUUCACCUCGUCUGCAAUCAUUAUGAAUGCGGCAAGCGACGAACUAUAGGCAGUGCUACGAAGCGCAUCGUGGGCGGCGUGGAGGCGUCUCCCGGCGACUGGCCGUUCCUUGCAGCCAUCCUGGGCGGUCCUGAGGAGGUGUUCUACUGCGCUGGAGUGCUUAUAGCCGAUCAGUGGGUGCUGACAGCUUCGCAUUGUGUUGGAAACCACUCCGACGUGAACGGUUGGACGAUCCAGCUCGGCAUCACGCGGCGCCGCUCGCACGCGUACUACGGACAGAAGGUGAAGGUGCGGCGCGUGGUGCCGCACCCGCACUACAACGUCGGCGUCGCGCACGACAACGACAUCGCGCUCUUCCAGUUGGCAGUACGUGUGAGAUAUCACGAGCAGUUGUCUCCGGUGUGUCUGCCGCCUGCGAACCGACCGCUACCGGCAGGGACCCUGUGUACAGUCAUCGGCUGGGGCAAGAGAGACGAUAAAGACAUGUCCGAGUACGAGCCGGCGGUGAACGAGGUGGAGGUGCCGGUGCUGCACCGCGACCUCUGCAACCAGUGGCUCGAGCACCGCGACCUCAACGUCACCGAGGGCAUGGUCUGCGCCGGAUACCCCGAGGGCGGCAAGGACGCUUGCCAGGGCGACUCCGGUGGGCCGCUCCUGUGCAAGGACCCUGACGACCCUUCCCGGUGGUACGUGGGGGGCAUCGUGUCCUGGGGGAUCAAGUGUGCCCACCCGCGCCUGCCAGGAGUCUACGCGUACGUCUCCAAGUACAUUCCCUGGAUACAGAAGCACAUCGCUCUCUACAACGACGAGAACGCCAAGUCGGAAGACAUUUGAAGAGACACGUCGAUCCUUUUGAUGCCAUUUUGUAUUUUGAGAAGAUUUUAUACAUUUGAUACGUCUAUGCUUAUUGUUAAGAUCGAAAA